UUCUUGCAUUCAAGGAAAUGGAUGACAUAGAUGACCUUUUAGAUGAAGCUGAAAAAACAUUGCAAUUAAAUUCACAGAAAAAAAAAAGUACAUCCAAUGCAAAGAAAGAAAAAACGAGGUCCUCUUUGGAAGAUGAUAUUGAUGCAAUAUUAGGACUAGAUGAUUGUGUUAAACCAACCACAUAUACAAGAACUGUCAAGCAAUCUUCAAGAACAACAACAAGAAUAUCUGAUUCGCACUCCAGUAAAGCAAGAACAAAAAAAUGUUCAACCUUGUAUAUUGGAGGAAGCAAAACAAACUCUGGACAUUGUAGCUUGUCUGUUAAGAGGUGCUGUGAUUACUUGCGUUGUACUGGAUGUGAUUUCCACGUCGAACAAUAUAUUGAUUAUAAAUGGAACAACAGUGUUGACUACUUGUUUCUACGUAAUAAUAUGCCAGAUUUUGACAAAGUUGCAACCAAGUUAAUAUACAAAGCUGGUAGCAGGGCCUAUGCUUGUCAGUGCUCUUGGAAAACUGCCACUGAAUUGGUAUCUUUAAUAGAUUGCAAGUUAAAAUGGGUUUGUGGCAAGCAUUGAAGAGUUUUCAUGCGAUUUUAUAUUUAUAGCUUAUCACUGGUUUUAUAUAAUCACUGCAGUUCUGUAACAGUUGUGCAUUGGUGCUGUGCUUAUGUUCUUGGUGUAAUUUUUAAGCGAACUGUAUUAACAGAACAGUUUGGUUUAUGAUCUAGUAUCACUGUACUUUAUUUCAUAUUAUACAUAUAUAUUCUUGUAGACUGUUCAUCUUUUUUACAGACAUGUGCAAAUUGUAAAUGCUAUUUUGUUUAAACAAAG